GCUUUCCUUCCGUCUGAACAACAACACCUCACCAACCGCCACCUGAAUCCACGAAUCCAUACAUCCAGGACAAGCAAUUUCGAAAGUGGCGCCGCCGGAUUGUGUCCAAGAAAUGCAUGGAGAUCGUGUAUGAUACCUUUUGGGUGGUGUUUCUCAGGAUCUGGAAGGCUGAAGCCGAGAACGAGAGCGCCAACAAGAUGUUCCUGCGGAUCUCGCAAAACUAUGUCGCGAUCUUCUCGGAGCUCAAAGGUGUCGACAACGAUGAGUUUCUUGAGAUAUUCCCCGAUCUUCUCGCUCAGACAGUGUACCGGUGCUUCUGUGAAUGCUUCCCGCGAUCGACGCACCAGUUCAAUCGCGAUUUUCAAAUCAAGAUCUGUGAUUUGAUCACAGAGUGGAUUUCAGGCAUCAAGCCCUAUAUUCCGUCUUGCGUCAGCUGGAAGCCUUACAUCAUCACUUCCCAGAAGAUCCAGGGGCGAAUGGCUGCCGAUUCGGACGCUGCCAAGUCUCACGAAAGCGCUCUCGAUAUCAGCGACACUUCUGGAUACGGCAUCGAUCGCUUGGGCGACGGAAUCAGGAGAGAAAAGAUGGCACCCCCAUCAUGCAUCGCCGGGCCGGGUCCCCAGAUACGGCGGCUCUGGUUUGACACCCAUGGCAACAGUCCGAUCAUCGCCAAGUAUCUCGAGGUAUAUGGAUUCGGCAGCGUCGAAAAGAAGCGGAUCCAUGUCCAUCGAUCCGAGGUCGUGCGCAACUCGGUUUCAGAGGACGCACCGACCUACCGACAGAUCAUCAUGGAGUCGGCUCGCAACUCGAAGCGUAUCUACCGCCAGUACUUGCAUAGCCAGGAGGAGGCCCAGAAGGAACGGAACCGCAUGCUGCAGGAGCUGAACCAGCAGCUGAGCAAGGACCAGCGAACCGCGUGGAGGCUUCUGAAUCGGCCCCAGCUGGUCAAGGAAACCGCGGACGAGCUCGUCGAGAAGAUGCACCAGUCGAUUGCAUCGCAGGCGAAGCAAAAGAAGGGCGUAUCGGCUGUGUCCGUGGGCGGAGAAUAGACGGCAGGGCGUCCGCGGCCUUGAUUGUUCAUGGCUAUCUCAUGGCGCUUCAUUUCGCGAAUGCAAAUGAAUGAGGCUGCAGCAAAUGAAUGAGCUGGCUGCGCAUUGUGGCGAUCCAC